AUGAUCCUUGGAGACAGUGUGAGCCUCCAGCCACAGGAACCUCCAGAUUACUGCAAUGAACACAUCUUUCAGCGUAAUCGCCUCCCAGCGAGGGCCUACUUCAUCCCGGAACACGCUCUUCUCUUAAACGGGCUCUGGGACUUUGACUACGCUCCAACGCCUUUGCACGCAGUCGACCCUACACAUCCAAAAUGCCAAUGGCAUGUGAUUCAAGUUCCAGGCCAUUGGCAGCUGCAAGGCUUUGGGAAGCCUCACUACACGAAUGUUCCAUAUCCGUUCACGGUCGACCCGCCGUUUGUGCCUACGGACAACCCGGUUGGGACGUACCGGAAAUUCAUUCGCGUUCCGCAAGAAUGGAAGCAGCCCAUGCAAUUGCGGCUACGGUUCGAUGGAGUGGACAGUGCAUUCCAUCUUUUCAUCAAUGGCGCUCAGGUCGGCUACAACCAGGGCAGCAGAAACGCGGCCGAAUUCGACGUUACCGGCUACCUCAAAGCAGAUGACGACAACGAAGUCAUGGUCCGGGUCUAUCAAUGGUGCGAUGGCUCUUACAUCGAGGACCAGGAUCAAUGGUGGCUUUCUGGGAUCUUCAGGGACGUGCAUCUUUUAGGCUUCUCUGCCGUCGCGAGGAUUAAUGACUUUUGUGUCCGCACGCUUCUCGAUGAGCAGUAUGUCGAUGCGACGCUACAGGUCAUACUGCAUCUGCAUGUCACGACGCCCAGCACGCUCGAGGUGAGCCUCCAGGACAACUGCGCUCUAGUUGGAGAAUACACUCGGGAUGUAGCAACCAACGUUACCGACGUGAGGGUUGAGAUUCCCGUGGCGAAUCCGGCGAAAUGGACCGCCGAGACACCUUUCCUCCACAAUCUCGAGAUAUACUUGAGGUCCAAGGAUGGUACAACAUGCCAGAAGAUCUCGCAAAAAGUCGGCUUCCGGGAGGUGGAAAUGCGCAACGGAAACUUAACAGUCAACGGCAAACCCAUCUGCUUCAGAGGCGUCAAUCAUCACGAUCACCAUCCUACCCUUGGCCGGGCGGUCCCGUUGGAGUUCUUGCGACAGGACCUCAUCACAAUGAAGCAGCACAAUAUCAAUGCAGUGCGAACCUCUCACUAUCCUUCCCAUCCGAGAUUCUAUGACUUGUGCGACGAGCUGGGCCUGUGGGUCAUGGAUGAAGCCGACCUAGAGUGCCACGGAUUUGAGCGUGCAAAGGUUGGCAUGAAAAAUAUACCACCGUCGGAAUGGGACGGUGCGGACUCGGUCGAGGAAGUCAUCAGUCCCAUCGUGGCUGAGUACACUAGUAAUAAUCCGUCCUGGCGAGAGGCCUACGUCGACCGGGUUGCUCAGAUGCUUCAGCGGGAUAAGAACCAUACGUCAAUUAUCAUCUGGAGUCUCGGCAAUGAGGCGUGGUAUGGCUGCAACCAUGUCGCUAUGUUCGAAUACGCAAAGGCUCAUGACCCGACGCGACUGGUGCACUACGAGGGAGACCGAGAGGCAAAAACGGCCGAUAUCUGUUCGUAUAUGUACCUGGAGCUCUGGAAUCUGGAGAAGAAGGCUUUGUCGGAGGGCGACCACUUCACAAAGCCAAUCAUACUGGCUGAAUACGCUAUGGCGAUUGGCAAUGGCCCGGGAGCAUUGCAAGAGUAUCAAGACAUGUUCUACAAACACCGCAGGCUCCAAGGUGGCUUCCUCUGGGAAUUUUCCAACCUCGGUCUGUGGGACGAGCAGCGAGGCAUUUACGCGUAUGGCGGAGACUUUGGCGACAAUCCAAAUGAUGCAACGUUUGUAUUGGACGGAAUCGUCAACUCGGAUCACACACCCGCACGUGGCCUUGUUGAAUUUAUGAAGGUCAUCGAGCCGGUGAAGAUGAUAAUUGAUCCAGAGAAGAAGGAGACUCAGAUACGGAACCUAUUCGAUUUUUACAACCUGGAGGGGCUUUCUAUUGUCGUGGAGGUGGCCGUGGUCGAAGAUGAGUAUGCAAAUGUUGAUUUUGGCAUUCUCGCGCUCCCCGAUCUCACCACUGGGAGCAACGACGAACUAGCCCGCUGGGUUACUGCCAAGCUCAAACUAGGCAGCGCCACGGCAUGGGCAGAGAGUGGCCAUGAGAUCGCCUGGUGCCAGUGUUUGCUCUCCCAGCGUUCAUGGCCGUCUGUUCCACUGAGCCUUCAGUCACCGUCACUUCGAUAUUCACUGACGGAUUCCGGGCUUGCGUAUCGCGUCGAGGGCGCGACGUUCUCCCUCGACUUCGACCGCGUCUUUGGCCGCCUGUCCGAGUGGGUGCUAAAUGGCAGACAGCUACUCUCCAGUGGCCCCGUCAUCUCAGCCUGGCGGCCCCCAACGGAGAACGACACGAAGAGGAACUGGCCAGAGUGGAAGGAGUACUGUGUCGACAACAUGCAGGUCCGUGUGCGCUCCGUAUCACUCGACGCCGGUCCACAAGAAUCACUACACAUCACCGUAGACGCGUACAUCGGAGCCAUCAUCCGCCAGUGGGGCUUGGACACCAAGAGCGUGCUCACUGUCUAUCCAGGCGGAACCGUGCUCUUGGGAUACCACGUUAGACCACGGGGCCACUGUCCCUCCAAGCUACCACGCCUGGGCCUGGACAUGCGGCUACGGCCAGAGUUCCGGGUUGCCCAGUGGCUCGGCAUCGGGCCUGAGGAGUCGUACGCCGACAGCCGUAACUCGCAGCAGUUCGGGUUGCACAGUCGCACAGCGGAUACACUGCACACCAGCUACGAAUUCCCCCAGGAGAACGGGAAUCGAACAGGCACACGCUGGUUGAGGCUCACGGACGGCAAGGGGAGGGGCAUUCGCGUCGCGCGCGUGGAUGAGGUUGGACAAGCGGGUGCGAUGGAGUUCGACUUCACGGCGCAGCAUUACACAGCCCAGAGCACGUUCGACGCAAAACAUCCAACGGACUUGAGGCGCGAGGACGAUGUGGUUGUGAGACUGGACGCAGCCCACGCCGGCCUGGGCACCGGACGUUGCGGUCCAGACACGCUGCCGAAAUACCAGGUGCCGUGUCACGAAACUGCCUUUGCCUUUUCGUUCGAGCCGAUGCUGUAGCUGUUCUAAGGUGAUGAUAGAUCUGAC